GCCUCAUAGAAUAAUUAAAAAAACAAUUCUCCCGGUGCUAUCAAUUUGACAUUUAAUUUUAUAAUAAUAAUGAUUUUUAAUCAGUUAAAUAAAAAUUAUAUAAGAAACUUGAGUGAGAAGAUAUCUACAUGCCCUUCCUUACUUUUUAUUUAACAAGUACAAGUGAGGAAAUGGACACUUUUUGUAGGUUUUGGGAAUAUAAUUCCAUAAUUCUGGUUUCCCGAGAUGUAUUAUAGAAUCCAAUUUUCUAUGUGAAAAAUAUGAUAUUUGGAUUAUAUUAUUUUCCCGCAAUUGGACGUCGUACGUUAUUGGCAGUGCCGCUCCCAAUGGCUCGUUACCUCUCUCUUUUCAUUCAUCACCUUGUACUCUUACUCCACUCCACACAAUCCCGCACUUAACUUCACAUCUCCUCAGCAUUCACCACAAUCAGCUGGUUAUUGAGUACCGGGAACCCACGAAACCGAAUCCCUUUAAAAUUCAUCAUGAUUUUAAACACCUGCAUAUCAAGCAGUUGAUUGACACACGAGAGACACCAACGAAAAUCUGCACCGAGGUGAUAGCAUUGUCAUUGAGGAUUUUUGUUAAUAGAGGAACAAAAUGUUCGGCAAUGUCAAUAAGGAUUUGGUGCCUAUAAAGGCGCAUUACUUCCUUUACAAUGCAGCAACGGGACCAAUAGUACCAUUCCUCCCCACAAUCGCAAAACAACUGGGUUUCUCCGGUUUCCUCGUGGGAUCGAUAUACACGAUUCUCCCAAUAUCAGGCCUAAUAGCAAAACCUCUGUUCGGUGGCCUGGCAGAUCGAUUUCGCCUGCACAAAAUUUUUUUCCUCCUGUUUCAAGCGAUACUCGCCAUAGCAUUCUUCUCGAUAUACUUCAUCCCUCCCGUCGAAUUGAAGACACAAUCAGUACAAGCCGACGUGAUAUUAAAAUGCGACAAUGCAGCUGUCUUUCUCGAGGUCUGUUCGAGUACCGGAUUCACCAAUGAGACACUCAAUAAUGUCAUCGAUCAUGGAGAUCCUAAAACAAAAUGCAGACUUUCCUGUGAAUCGUCAGAGAAAUUGUACAAAGAGCUGUGUAAUUUGAAUGUCACGGAAUACUGUCCCAAGGUGGAUCAUCCAGAUGUUUUGAAAGAGCGAAUUAAUUUCACAGCCAUGUUCAACAUGAACAGGAAUGUUGACCUGAUGAGAUGUGUGGACAUAAGACUGAGGAAUGCCACGUUUUCUUUAAAGGAGCAUUACAAUGUUUCAAAACUUUACUGCAAUAAUUUGGUGAGAACAUCUUGUGUGGCUAGUUGUCCAGGGGUCACAGUCAUGGAGGCAUUACUUCGAGAAGCUCAUGCUGCAUCUUCUAGAGUUGAUGAAGACACGGGGGAUCAAACGACGUAUCAGUUCCAUCUGUUUCUGUGGGCUGCUAUCAUCAGUUGGGUGGGGAUGGCUGUCGUUGUCAGCAUUGCUGAUGCUAUUUGCUUUGAUCUUCUGGGUGAUGAGCGCCGAAAAGAAUAUGGAAAACAGAAAAUGUGGGGUAGCAUUGGCUUUGGUAUAUUCGGUAUAAGCGCUGGAUACCUUGUUGACGUAUUCAGCCGUGGCCAAGGUGUCAAAGACUAUACAUGCAUUUUUUACAUAAUGCUGAUCGCGAUGAUAUUUGAUAUGAUCGUCUCCGCAACACUAAAGAAGAAAACUGUAGAAUACACAGAUCAUGAUCCCUCGGUUUUGUGGGAACUAGGGUCAGUGGCGAGAGAGGGACGAGUCCUAGUAUUCGCAUUCUGGUGUAUCGGUGCUGGAAUGUGCACUGGAGUAGUUUGGAAUUUUUUGUUCUGGUACACUGAGGAUAUCGUGAAGAACGAUACUGAAUGGUUGAAAACCAUUCAAGGCUUAAUCACAGGAGUACAAUGCUUCUUGGGCGAGUUACCAUUCAAUUUUAUAUCUGGUAGAGUACUCAAAAAAUUGGGGCAUAUCAAUGUCAUGAGUCUAGUUCUUCUCUUUUAUGCUGUUAGAUUUAUGGCUUAUAGUCUUGUCAGGAAUGUGUGGGCAUUUUUGAUCAUUGAAAUACUCCACGGGCCUACGUUGGGUCUCUGUUGGCCAACAAUGGUGUCUUAUGGUGAGAAAGUUGCACCCUCGGGUACACGAGCAACUAUGCAGGGUUUUGUAGGGGCUGUUUUUGAGGGCCUAGGUGUUUCAUCAGGGAGUUUAAUCUGCGGUUGGUUGAUCAGUUCAUAUGGUGGAAUCGUCACCUUCCGGGUGUUUUCCAUUGGUGCCUUAGUGUGGCUCACCAUUUACUGGAUCCUCCAGUUAUUACUGCAAAAAGCCAAAGCUUACCCCCUCCACCAGGGUCACAGUCACCUUGCGAGUUAUGCCGCACCUAACGAUGCCAUUCUCAUGACCAUGAGCCAAGAACUCCAAACUUAUUGAAUCUCUGAACGAACAGUGGAAAGAAUUGUCCGAGAUUUUUAUGUUGAUCAAAUGGUGCUUUACCUUAAUCAAUGCCAAGUAAUGAUCAGUCCAUAGAAAUUAUUUUUAUUUUAUUUUCCGCUGAGACGAUUCAGGAGGCGAAUGUUUAGAAAAUGUAGUCACGUAAUUCGAGGACUGAUGACUUAUGCCUAGAGCAGGAAUGAUUUUAGGAAUAAUUUUCAGUUUUUUUUUCAAGAGAAUGAAGUGAGAGCUGUAACCGUUUAUAUUGAAAUUUCGUUAUCUGUUGAUCUAGAAUUAUUCCCCAGAAACUAGUGUCACGUUCCUUAUCUAAUUUUACUGCUUCAUUAGGAAUUCGUAGAAUUCAAUGAAGUGUUCUUCCUUCUCGACCACAUGCUUCUUUAUGCAUUUUUGUUUCUAUGAUGAACGAGUGAAAUGGAAAAAAUAACAGUGAACGAAAAAAUUUUAGAAUCUCGUGAGUUCUACGUUCAAAGUGGUACCUUUUUCGUAAUUAUGUAAAUAUGUUGGCAAUAAUUGUGCAAUGAUUGUAGAGAAUUGUCUCUAUGAAACAGUCUGAGUGAUAAUCAUUUUCUUGUCAUUCUUUCUCCCGAAAUCAUUGUUUCACACAAUGAUUUAUUUUUUAAUCAAAACAUUUUCCACUGAUUUGCUUUAUUCAUGCACAUGAAUUUAACUUGAAAAUGAAGGGAGAUAGUCUUGAGUGAAUCCCAACCUGGACUGAACAAAAUCGCGCAUAUUUGUCAAUUGUAUUUUCCCAGUGUGAUAUGUAAACAAAUCUUAUACUUAGUUGUUCAGUAUUAAAAAAUAAGGAAUUUGAA